AUGGGCUCUCCAAAUGGAAGAAUGAGGAAGGGAGGGGAGGCUUGGAUGAGUGCUCAAGAUAAGCGUUUUAUAUCACCGUCAUCUCAGGCAACAGAUUGCCCUAGGGUUUUGUCGAGGGCUUUCCUUGCGUUGGGCUUUCGGGUCAAUCAAAUUGGGUAUUCUUUGGGAUUCAAAUAUAAUUGCGGAGUUGACUGUAAUGGAAGAGCUGGUGGAUUAUGGGUAGGUUGGCAUGAUGGUAAUCUGGUCGAGGAUGACAUUGAGGAUAAAAUUGUUUGGGGUCCGACCAAAUGUGGAGAGUACUCGGUAAAAUCGGGUUAUAGACAGGCGUUGAUCCGACAUUUUCCAGACUAUUGUAGGCCUGAUCUAGACUGGUUAGUAUGGAAACGAUUAUGGCAAUUAAAGAUCCCUCCCAAAUGGAUCUUAUUUGUGUGGAAAUGUCUUCAUAACAUUCUCCCGGUGAAAGGAGAACUUAAGAAACGAGGGCUGAAUAUUGAUCCAAUUUGUUCAAGGUGUUUUCAGCAUGAGGAAUCUAUUGAACACUUAUUUUUUGAUUGCCCAAUUUCCCAAAGGGUUUGGCGCGGGUUGGUAUUGGGAUUAGAUUUUGGAGUUGGAAGACCUUUGUCUUUCUUUUCAUGGUUUCGAGGUUGGGUGCAACACAUUCAUGACUCAAAGAUUUUAAUUCAUUCCAUUGGCUUAUUAUGGGCUAUUUGGCUGCAACGCAAUUCUGUUGAAUUUCAUAGUGCAACUAUGUCCAUUGAACACACGAUCACAACAACUACUAAAUUAUUAUCGAUAUUUCUUUCACCACAGCAUCAUGUUUCCUAUGAGCUAUCUCACUCUUGUAAUUUUCCUCAAAACAGAAUUGCUAAUCAGGUUAUUUUGCGGAAUGUUGCACCACCUACUGUAGAUGUUUGGCGGAUAUGUAUCGUUGUGGAUGGAUCUUGGCUCUUGAUCGGCGAACGAACUGGAUUGGCAUGGGUAUGUUUUGAUAAUCACCAGUUGGUCUAUGAGGAAGCUAUUCUAGGGCCACCAAUACUAUCUCCCCAACAAAUAGAAGCGGCUGCAGUGCUCCAGGCUUUGCGUUGGGUAUACAGCCACAGCAUCACAAGGCUGCUUUUACAAACGGAUUGCUUAGUACUAGUACUGUUAUUUCAAAACCAAGAUCAAGACAAUGAUUAG